AUGCUUCCCGAACUAUGUCGUGUAUUCAGACUUCGAAGAGUACCACCACGGACAGCUCAUCCUCAACACACUGGAUUCCGUAAGCCACGACAUCGAGAGCAGCACCCCGACUUCGAACUCCAUCGCCGUCUCAAACGAGACGGAAGGGCGGCUUUGCAAGAUGGAACGUUCCAGGGCAGCGAGUCGGCGAUCAAUGGUGUGGGCACUGCGACUGGAAACGCUCAGAAUCCUGGUUGGAGGCCUGGUUGGAGACGGGACGAAUGGAAGUUGCUGCCCAUGGUCAAUCAGACGUUUCACGACUUUCCUGACAUGAAGUGGUAUAUCUUCACUGAAGUCGAUGCCUACGUUGUAUGGAGUACCAUGCUGCCAUACCUGUCAACGCUGGACUCGACGCAGCCGAUCUACCGGGGCCAGUAUAUGGCCAUAGGUGGAGAUCAGAUCAUAUACGGACGUGCAGGCUUCAUCGUCUCGAACCAGGCGUUUCAGGCGGUCGUUGCCCACUACUCCUCGCACAAGACAGAACUGGAACAGGUCACCGAUCGCCACUGGGCCGGUGAUGCUGUCUUAGGCGGGGCCUUCAAGGACGCCGGAGUGCCAUUUGCCGACAUCUGGGCAUUCAUGCAGGGAGACUAUCCCGGCUGGUCGACAUACUUGCCGCUCGACGGUGGAUCCAUGGUAGACGGUAUUGCUAAGGCCUGGUGCAAUCCCGUUGCUACAUUCCAUCACGUCACUCCGGAUGCCGUUCGUGAUCUGUGGGAUGCAGAGCAGGAGUGGGCGGCAAGGCGGGACAAUAAAGACGUGUUCGAGAUCUUCACCCUUCCGCAGCUGAUACAGUCUCCACCGCAGGACUGA